AUGGCAGGAGAAAAGACCGACCUUGGUCGGCAAGAACACGCUGAAAGCCCGACUGAGAAUCACGGUAUCGACCAAGAGAUCAAGCUCGAGUCUGCAGACGCCGUUGAGGAGGUCAAUCCCGAAGAGGAGGAGCCCGUUGUGACCUUCAAGACAUGGAUCGUUGUGGGGAUACUGUCCUGCGGUUAUGGCUUGUCCUUCUGGCCGAUUCCAGUCAUGGCAAACAUCGGAGGCCUCGUUGGUGCAGAGCUCGGUGCCCCCUCUAAAUACAUCUGGUUUAUUCCUUCCUGGACGAUAUCUAUCACUUGUUGCUUCAUGCUAUGGUACGCAAUUGGUGCAAACACUGACAUGCUUGGUCGUCGAUGGUUUUUGACCAUUGGGAAUCUGAUCUGUACCGUGGGACACAUUGUCACCGCAUCCUCGACAAACACCAACGCCGUGAUCGCCGGAAUGGCCAUUUCUGGUUUCGGUGGAGGCAACUGUCAGAUGGCCGCAUUUGCGCUGCCUGAAUUACUCCCCAACAAAUGGCGCCAUAUCGGCGUCGUGCUGGCCGACUUGACAACCCUUCUGGCUGUGAUUCUAGCCCCAAUCACUGGACUAUACGGUUUCCACUCUGGCUCGUGGCGCUGGAACUUUUACGCCGCGGCCAUCGCACAGUUCCUUUCAUUUCUGGGCCUGCUCUUCCUUUACUUCCCACCGGCUCAUCCAUACGGGCUACCGUUCAAGAAGGUGCUACCAAAGAUUGACUAUGUUGGUAGCUUCUUGUUCGUUGCCGGCGCAGUCCCAGCGCUUGUCGGGAUUGUGUACACUACGGUUGUGCCGUCUAAUGAUGCGCACGUGGUGGCACCGCUGGUGAUUGGGUUUUCCUUCAUCGUGUUGUUCGCGCUGUGGGAGACAUUCGGCAAGGCAGAGCACCCCUUGACCCCCAAGUACGUGUUCGCGUCGUCGUGGGGCCGCGACUUCACCGCCCCGGCCAUCGCGCUGGCGGUGGUGAAUAUGUUCUACUACUCCAGCAGCAUUCUCUGGCCGACCAUCGUCAAUGCGUUUUACACAGACGGCGGUGCGGACUGGCGCUACGGGAUCGUCCUGUCCCUGCCCCAGGGCCUGGCCAUCACCUUUGGCGCGGUGCUGCUGUCCGCCUUUGGCGGAAAGAUCAAGAACUGGCAGUGGCAGCUCACCGGCUCGGUCUUCAUCAUGGUCCUCUUCGGCUCCCUCCUGGCGCUGGUCACACCCACCAACAAAGGCCUGAUGGUCGCCUGCGUCUUCCUCUCGCAGUCGGCCUACGGCUGGGCCAUCUACCUGUCCAUCGCCGUGGCUCAGAUGGGUGUCGAGCACAAAGAUCUUGGCUUGAGCGGUGGCAUUGCGGGCGUGUUCCGCUUUGCUGCAGGAUCAAUUGGAGCCGCCGUGUAUACUACGAUCCUCACCAACGAAACGAACAAGAGAAUUGCGAAACUGGUUCCUGCCGCCGCUGUGGCUGCUGGCCUUCCAAAGUCCAAGAUUUCGGAUCUUAUGAGCGAAGUUGGCACGCCGGCCCUGGCCGAAGACUUCAGCCAAGCUGUGGUCAAAGCGGUAGGGGCUGCAGUCGAACAAGCCGAAGUGCACGGUAUCAAAAUGGUGGCCUUUGCCUCGUUGGCAUUCGGUAUUGUCGGCAUCAUAGCGUGCAUGUGCUGCAAAGACGUCGAUAAGAAGAUGAAUAACAAGAUUGAGGUGUAUCUCGAGAACACAGAGUAUGCGAGCAGGAACAAGUAUCAUUGA